AUGCCGUGCUACACUGAUAUGAUCGUGAGAGUUAAGUUUGUUCGUCAAGGGGAAAAGAGCACGUGGGCUAUUGGUGCUUAUCCGGUUGGGCGUGAAGAUAGUGAAAUUGAAUUGGUUUUAUUUGUCCCAUCGAAUUCUGAUGGCUAUAACUUGGAGACUUACGCUGUGCUCAAGAAAGAUGGUAUCUAUUCUGUCAGAGUUUCAACGUGUAUGGGUAUUCCUAAUAAGGGGGAUAAAUUUAACAAAUGCCCAUUGAAAGUUACUUUGGUGGGCAUUCCCCAAGAGUUACCUCAAGUUUUUGAUAAUGAUUUUUAUGUAUAUGUAAAAGAUAUCAACUAUGUUAACACUCAUUUUUCUUCUAAGCUUGGUGCCUUUGAUAGUAGUGAUUUGAAUAAUUCUUCUGAUACUGUCAAUUUGACAUUGGGCACAACUCUUGUCUGGGUAUCAAAUGAUGCAGGUAGUAAGUCUAAGCAUGGAUCUUUGGUACUGGAUAAUAAUUCUUCUUCUAAGAAAACAAAAGUGGAAUGUUCUGAAGAUUUUACUUCUGAUAUCGAUAAUGUUGAUAACUAUGCUUCUAAGCUUGACGAAGUCAUAGAUGUGGAUGAAGUUUUUCAGAGUAAUGAGACUCAAAGUGGUGUUAAAAAGAGAGAGGUAAAAGAAAUUCUCAUGGUAAUAAGAGAGAAGGUGGUUGUACUAGUAGGUCUUCUUGUAGUAAUUUGA